AUGUCGCAUCGGGUGGCGAAGGCCGUUGGGUCACUGCCCCUUGCGCUGCUACGAUUCUUGAGGCAUCUCCUGCAAAGUCGCAGAUGGAAACUGCUGACAUGCUCCAUCUUGCUGACCCUGUGGUGGCGCCGCUUUCAUCGGCCCGGUCACUUCCGAUCGGCCCUGUUGGCUGCCGAUUUUCGCAUGGAGCGGAAGAAAAGCUCCAAGGAAGCUAAGAAAGCUCCAGCCAGUGUGGCUGAAAGUCGGUGUGCAGAGCUUACCGAGGCCAUUUUCUGUGCUUUCAGAGAAGCAAAAGAUAGCCCUGAGACCAGUCUGGUCGCACAGAUGCGGACGGGCAAGGAGUGUCAGCUGCAGUGUUUGGCACCGGAUCAUUUUCGACGGCUGCGAAGCCUCUGGAAUUUGCAAGAGAAUCUCUAUUGGGCCAGCCUAGCUGAAGAGUUGCGGGGUGGAAGCCCGGAGUCCAGUGGAAAGAGUGGAAGCCUGUUUUGGGUCUCGCAGAAUCGUUUGUUGGUCCUGAAAACUGUGGAACGUUUGGAGAUGAAAACCCUGCUGCAAUGCCUUCCGCGCUAUGAACAGCACUUCACCACCAAUCGCAACAGCUUGCUUUGCCGUUUCUUUGGUGCGUAUGAAGUGCAGCUGGGUCGCCGGAGGGUUCAACUGGUGGUGAUGAACAAUGCUUUCCCAUACACACUGCAGCCUGAUGUGGUCUAUGAUUUGAAGGGUACCACUGAAGAUAGGUGGGUCAGCCCCCGUCCAGGCGUUGUAUUGAAGGACUUGAAUUUUGCGGACAAGAUCAUUGGAAUCCCAGAUUUGAAGCAGAAAGCAGCCUUGCUGCAAGCAGUCAAGAGAGACUCCCAAUUUCUGCGUGGUUUGCGCGUGAUGGAUUACUCCUUGUGUUUGGGGGUGCACUACUGCGACGGGAGUUAUCCUGACCUUGAUUGCAUCACGUCGGAUGAAGGCAUUUCCUCGUGCUUGGCAGUGCUCAAAGGCUAUGAGCCCAAGUACCAGUGCACCUUAUUGAGAACGGACGCUGCUGAAAAGGUGGUGUAUUUCAUUGCGAUCAUUGACAUCCUCCAGCAGUUCACCCUGCGCAAGGCCAUCGCCCACACCAUCAAGUCUUUGAGCCUCGGAUGGCUUCACGAAAUUGAUACUGCGCCACCUGCCUACUAUGCCCGUCGCUUCAAGACAUCCUUUAGUGGCAAGGUGCAGUCCUUUCGUGAACCCGAGGACCGUGUGACCCGAUUUGCCCGACGCUUGCGCUUGGGCAUCGACAGUGGGACAAUCCCAUGUCCCACAUUUAUCAACCCAUCCAUCAACACAGACUCCUGGGAUGUGACAUUGGAUGAAGCCGUUGAUUUCGCGGUGAGAUGUGGGGGGCACCUCACAGUGGCUCGGCAGGGUUUUUUGCGGAGUCGGAUGGAGGAGGUGGAAGCCUUUCUGGACAUGGAUCGACACGCCUUGAUCUUCCAAGAGAUGGCCCGAAGCUUCGGAGGAAACCGUCGUCCAACCAGUUCAGUGGCCUGCUACAAGAUUCGACGCGUCUAUUUGACCAUCGUUUGUCACAGGCCACGAGAUUUGUAUUGCAUGUCUUGUGGGUCACACAUCAAAAUGGAAGCUGAGCCCAACGAGUCCCGGGGCUUUAUUGUGGAAGCCGACGGCGAGGCCUUGAGAUUCACGGCCCCCAGCCGGCGCCAAGCCGUUUUGUGGGCCACUGCGCUGGAGGUGGCGGCGGGUUACGUCGAAGCCAAUGUGGAAGACACGCGCGAAGCCAGGGCGGUGAGUUCCACAGAUGGUGAAGUGAAUGGGAUGGAUGGGACGGGUUUCCUGUCCCGCAGUGCGUCAGAAUCCCGAGCAGCAGUGCUGGGCUCCUUGGACGACUUCUUCGAGGCCGCGGGGCUUCAGCCUGUCUUGGCCGCCUCGCGCCACGCACGCCUGGGAUUGCUGGAGCCAUAUUUGUUGGGUCCUGAGGCCGAGAGACGGUGGCAGAAGCGGCGCUUGAAAUGGAUCUUCGGCUUCAUCGAUGCCGAUGGCACGGGCUCGCUGCCGGUGCACCACAUCAACCUGCUGUGGCAUGAGCUGAACAUCAAUCCACAGGAAGGGCAACAUGUCCUGUCCGCUGUUCUGCGGCAGGAGAAACAAGGACGUCGGGCAGGUGGAGGCCGACAGAUUGGAGGUGGACGCGUGGUGAACCUGCAAGACUGGGCCAAGAUGUUGACAUUGGUGGAUGAUAAGCAUGUGAAGGCAGUCUAUCGUGCAGUGCGCAUGGACCUCUGUGACUGGCAACGCUCCGCCUCGAUUGGGAGUAACAAUGAUGAGGAGUUAGCACUCAGCAACAAGUUCGGGCAGGAGCACAUCGGAGUGGACAGCUUAGCUCGCUUCUUCACGCAUGUGCAGCGAGUCUGGCCCCCACCAUCUCUCCAACAGGUGCAACGUUUGCUGUUGCGCCUGCCAACGCCGUUGGCGAAGGAGCAGAGUUUGUCCCUUGAGGCCUUCGCUCAGCUGCUGUGCUCUCCGGGGAAUGCCCUGGCAGAUCCGGCCAAGAGGUCGUUGUUCCAAGACAUGACGCAGCCACUCUUCGCCUAUUUUGUCGAUACCUCCCACAACACCUACCUGGAAGGCAAUCAACUGAGCAGCCGCUCCAGCGUCCUCCGCUACGUGGAGGUCCUACGCGCGGGCUGCCGCUCGGUGGAGGUGGAUGUUUGGGACGGCGCUGAUGGGGAACCCGUGGUGAAGCAUGGCUAUACCGUGACCACCGAGAUCCUGUUCCAGGAUGUGAUCCAAGCGAUAGCGGAUCACGCCUUUGUGGCCUCGGAGUACCCGGUGAUCAUUUCCAUUGAGCAGCACUGCUGCGCCCUGCAACGCGUGCGACAGGCGCAGAUCAUGUCGGAAGUGCUGGGGGAUCAGCUGUUGAGGGCAAUCACUAAAUCGGAUUUUUCGGGAGCGAAGCACAUCAAGGAUGAACAGCGGCAACAAAUUGAUCCGUCCCACUGGUUCGAUCUUUCUCCCUGGUCCGCCCGGCAUCGCUUCCUUGUGAAAUCAUCCCUGGGAUGUUGCGAACGCUGCCGGCGGCCCUUGCCGGUGUAUGACCGAUGCGUGGCACUUCCCACGCGCAAGUUGUUGCAGAAAUUGGUGGAGAGAGAGGUCAUUGAUGGUGAUGGCUCACCUGCAGCUUCACCCCGUUCACCCACCUCGCAUGAAGCUGUUUAUCCCUGGUUUGUGGCGUCAGGAACUGCAGCUAAGGUGCAGAAGUUGGAGAAGAGCAUUGGUCAAGAUCUCCUUUGUUCUUGGACAUCUGAACACUUGUCCAGAGUCUAUCCCGAAGGUACCCGCAUCAGCUCCGGCAAUGUGGAUCCCAUUCCCAUGUGGCUUUCGGGUGUCCAGAUGGUAGCCUUGAACUACCAAACUUCUGAUACAGGUCUCUUGCUGAAUCAGGGACUCUUCCGACACUACAAUGGCAGUUGUGGCUAUGUUCUGAAGCCAUCAUUCAUCCCCAGCAUUCGAAGUGCCACCAAACUCUGGCUGCGGAUUUGUUGUGGCCAUCGGCUACCACGUCCCGAUGAACCCGGAACAGCUGAGGUGAGUUCUCCCAUGGUCUCAGUGGCAUUGCACCCUGGGGGCCAGGUCUCACAGACCCCUGCCGUCCAGCAGGACGGCUACCACCCAGUCUUCAACCAUUCAGUGGUGCUGGAGAUUUCGGACAGCGCCUUGCAUAUCCUGACUUUUGAAGUCUUCGAUAAAGGAAGAGCCAUGGCGAGCAGCGCCCUGAAUCUUGACGCGGUCAGAGAGGGCUAUCGUUGGUUGGCCCUGCAGAAUCCCCAGGGUCAUAGCAUCCCUCGGUGCGGUUUGCUGGUGAAAGUUCAAUUUCUGGAAGCUUCCAAAGCUGGAGCUUUGGCAAGCAAAGUCUUGAACCAGGACAUGACCUGGGAUACGCUUCAAAUGUCUAUCCGGGUCGAAAAUUUGGUGCCAGCCUUGAAACCGGAUGGCCAGGUGCAGUUCCUUCGUGCUCAGGAAGUCGUAUGGGUGCCUCCAUCGUUUGUGGAGAUACUCCCGGCGGACUUCCUGACGUCGUGGCUCGGUUGUGCCCCAAUUGCGGCAGAUCAGAUCGGCAAAGCGGUUUGGCAUCCACUUUGGCUCUCCCUGCGUCAGAUUGAUGCAAGAAUGCUGGAGCUGCGAAGAAAGCAACUGGAGUCGGCCCUACGGAUCCAAGAGAAGCCGGCGGCGAUGGCGGUGAAGUUACUGGCGGCGCUGGGACUUUGGGCCAGCCCCAUGGAGUGUGCCAACGGCGUGCCGGCUUCGACUCCAACCACGGUUGGUCCAAGGCCUAAGGGUCAAGUUCAACCGGGUGCUCUUCAGGCAACUACCCGUGAUGCCGGGCGAGAGGCUUGGGUGCCUCGACUGCCAAUGGUGCAGACCUGGCCAGUCUUUUGGACCGCACGGCAGGAAGUCGUGGCCGCUUCCUCUGUCCACUGGCCAGAUGAAAGCUGGUCGCAGCUGUCACCUGCAGUGCGAGACAUUUUGGAAGGAAGCCUAGCUGGUGAAAGACGGCAGGCGCUUCACGCGGAUUUGCUGCCGCUGACUCUGGGAGGCCCAGCAGCCUUUGGAACCGCUUUGCCUGAAAUCGAGGGGGCCACCGAAAGAGAGGUUCGCGCUGCGCGCGGUUGUUUGCAGUUCGCCAAGCGACAGAUGCCCCAAACCGCGAUCGCCGUGCAGGAUGCCAUCUCGCGGAAGAUGCAGCAGUGGCAGCUGGAGAGUGUGAAAGGUUUGAGUCCCUCCACAGCACAGCAGGUGGUGGCGCUAAGCCAUUGGGCCAUGGAAAGCAACAACUGGACCGUCAUCACUCAUGCCUUGGCUGGUGAUACUGAGCCUCAGCUGCUGCCCAUUGCCGAAGUGCACAUGCGCUCGGAGGACCUUGCGAGUCUGGAGAAGCUCAGCGGCGUCAAGCUGCCGUAUGUCAGCGCGCUGUACUCGGCGGCCUCGCAGGAUGGUGGGAAAUGGGAGGCUUUCUGGCAGCGAUGCGGCCUCAGGCCGAAACGGGUCUAG